GGGAGGUUGUGAUUUUGGAAGCAUAGGCUCAAUAACAGUGAAGCUAUUUAAAUGUAUCUUCAUUUUCGGUUUUGCACUUUGUAGCGGUCAGACGCUCGACUGAAUGCUCAAAGGGAUGCAUUUUAUUUAUCCACAGAAUAUGUACACGGUGCUUUUGGAUAAAAACCGGGUUAGCUUGUUGUACCGGUUAGAUAAGGCAAAACGCGAUUCUGCCAAUUCCUGUCUGACAGCAACAAAGUGACGUAUAGCCUACUAGACAUUCUCGCAAAUGGCCGUGCUGAGCUUCACUGCCCGAGGCGAUCUGUUUGCAUGGAAACAUUGGAUGCAGUGUGUCUCUUCCAUAGACAGUAAAAGAUAGGUCUCUUCAUCAGUAGCGGCAGCCGGGAUCAUCAACAGAAGCAUCGCCACGAGGGUAUCACAGGACAUACGAGGACGACCCGUUUUCUCGAGUAAGGCAAGCCUUCGGUCACUGUGUGGAACUGUCUGCCUGAGAGGACGGCGUAAAUAGGACAGAUCCCCUGGCAUCUAUGGUAUACUGCAGAGUGUACUACGCCACUACCAAUCAACAUGACAACAGAGUGGAGUUGGAAUUAAACAGGCACGUUAAGUGACAAGGAAAGGUUGGUAUAUUGUGGAUGCUGCUUGUCAAGUCACUGGUAGAGGAUCAAUGGUUGGUCGGGGAUUAUGGGGCUGCAAAAAUCGUUUGGGCAAACGCAGUGGGAGGUUUGGAGUGGCGCCUGCUGUCUGUGGUGGCAUCAUGGGCACCUUCCUCCUGGUACUACUUUUCAUUGACUCCAUUGAACUGUGGGCAACGUCACUGGGGAUGACCGGGCAUGUUAAAGAACCUACCCAGGGCGGGCUUCUACCUCAGAGUAUGCCACCCACACGGCCGGAGGAGUACCUGCUGAUGCCCAGCCCCCUGGUAUGCCAGCGUGCCAAGCCUUAUCUCAUCACCAUGGUGACAACAGCCCCAGCCAAUCAGAGGGCACGACAGGCCAUCCGGGACACGUGGGGAGGGGAGGUGGAGGUCCGUGGUAAGCGGGUACUAACCCUCUUCAUGGUUGGCAUGCCCGCUGACCCCACCAUGGGCAAACUGCUUGUAGUGGAAGCACGAGAGAAUGGUGACCUGGUCCAGGGCCGCUUCCAGGACUCCUACGGCAAUCUGACCCUGAAGACUCUGGCCAUGCUUGGUUGGGUACGCCGAUUUUGCUCUCAAGCACGCUUUGUGGCCAAGGUGGAUGACGACGUACUCUUCAACCCAUCGGCUCUUCUGCGCUACCUAGACCACAGCCAUCCGCUUCAGAAGACAUCAGACGGCCAGCCGGCAGACCUCUAUCUCGGCCGCGUCCACAUGCGCGUGAGGCCCAACCGGGAUCCUUCCAGUAAGCAUUUCAUGCCUACCCAGGCCUACGCUGGCACGGUGUUCCCAGACUACUGUAGCGGGACGGCCUACGUGCUCUCACGUCCUGCCGUCCUCAAGCUCUGCCUGGCUGCUGCUGCCGCCCCCCUGCCACACCCUCUGCCCCCUGAGGAUGUGUUUGUUGGCCUGAGUGCCCAUGCAGCGGGCCUCGUACCCACACACUGUCCACUCUUCUCAGGGGGGCCAGCUGUGCCCUACGGCCGCUGCUGCUACCAGGCCAUGGUGUCAGUGCACCACGUCAUGCCGUCAGAGAUGGUCCGCUUCUGGGCAGAUGUCCACACUGCCGCCCCCUGCUCUUGGUUGGGCACGCGGGCCUCUCUUGGGGUCUGUAAGGUGCGAGCACUGCUAGGGACCCUGAUAGGGUAACAGGCUGCUGUCUGAGUUGAAGGAGAGCCGACGUUAUGGUGCCCAAUAGAAAGACUGACGUAUGCAAUGUAAAACACAUAAAUAGGAGUACUCACUAUACAUAACAUGCAAUACUGCACAAGAUAAGACAGAAGGCAAAAGCACAAACCAAGCAGUAGCAUUGAAAAUCACUGUUUAUUAUCACAAUUCCUAUUUAUAGCUUAACAUUCAGGAUUUUAAUGUAUAUUACUGCAUUUUCAUUAUAGUUAGGGAUGCACCGAUUUGUGAAAUUCAGGACUGAUACCGAUACAAUUUGUCCGAUAAACAAUAUAUAUUGGUAUUUGUUUUAUUUAUUUGAUUUGUAGUUAAUUAUACCCUUUACUGGCUGGAAACAAACAUAUUCAAAGUAAAGGUGCUUUAAGCGAUGCCACGCGUUUUUUAGACUAAAACAUUUUUUGUCACUUACAGCAAACAUCACCUCACCAUCCGCUAGCUGCCUAUGUCCUGAAUACACUGAAAAAAAACGCAAUCUCUCUGGACAGCCCAAGCUCCAGAAACAGCAACAAAAACAACCUGGGCAAACCUAGCCCAUAAAAAAAAAAAAAAAACUGUUCCAGCAAAUCACAGAUGAGAUGAGCGUUUAGGAGAGUUUCAAUUGCACGGGAGGGAGG